GAGAGGGAGAGUGAGGACGUAAAGAGAAGCUGGAGGCGACUAAAGGAGAGACAAACUUCUGCAGCAGACUGGGAGCCGUUUGGGACUGAAACAGAGAAGUUAAGAGCCAAAGGACUGAGAGAGAAGCUUUGAGAAGAGAAAGAGGACUGAUUGAGAGGCAUUAGGCUGAAAAAUGCCACUCUAAUUUGACUUUCUUUAAAGGAUUAACAAAAAGAAGAGCUAGGACUUGGGAUUUUUGACAAACAAGGAGAAAAAAAACAAGACUGACCUGGAACCUGCAGCCACCUGAGACUCAUGACCGAUGACUAAGGAUCAAGAUUUGAUCCGUUAAAUUAAACCUGACUCAGCAUCUUAGGGGCUACAUCACACUCACUUGGCUUCAUCAAGUGUUGGAGAGAAGAGAAGUUGCAGCUGGAGUGAUAAUUUCAUCGUUGGAAACAUUUGAAAGUAGCACAGAAAAAUACGCAAAAAAACUUCUGAAAACAGAGUUCAGGAGCCUGACAGAAGAAACUCAAAGAUCGACCAAUAAGAGCAUCUUUUGAUAAAGAUGACAUUCGCGAUGCUACGCACAGCGCCUCCUGCAGGCCGCUUCUUGUAUGGCGACAUCGCCCUCCUCUCCGAAGACGACGAUGAGAACGGCAGCGAAGGUUCGGGCUCUGAAGAGCGCUCCAACAAUUCCAACUCUGCCGCCUACCGCCUGUCCUCGUCGCCAUCUGCCUUUCACAUCAAGGUGAACAGGAAGAGGAAGCUGUGUGGGGGAGGAGGAGGAGGAGGAGGAGUAGACAUGGGGGCCAUGAUGGGGAGGCUGGGCCCCCCGGGGUCUUCUCCCAUCGGCGAGGGUCGCCAGAGGACUGCAGCCAACGCUCGGGAGAGAGAUCGGACCAAUUCUGUGAAUACUGCGUUCACAGCGCUGAGGACGCUCAUCCCCACUGAGCCUGCAGACAGGAAGCUGUCAAAGAUCGAGACGCUGCGUUUGGCCAGCAGCUACAUCAGCCAUCUGGGGAACGUGCUGCUCCUGGGCGAGGGUCUCCACGACGGACAGCCGUGCCACGCUCCCUCACCACCGUUCUUCCACGUCAACACCUCCCCCAGCCGGGGAUCCGACCAAUCAGCUCAGCCAAAGCACAUCUGUACUUUCUGCCUCAGCAACCAGAGGAAAAUGAAUAAAGACAGAGACAGGAAGACAGCCAUCAGAAGUUAACGAGGACACUAACCACACGGACAAACUGCUUCACAGUUCUUUCAGUGAUUUUAACAUUUCUCCAACCUGAAGACUCAUCAGAUGUGUGAUGCAUUCAAAGACUCUGCGAACUUUUAAGCACAUACAGGACUGUUUAAGGAAAUCUACCAAACAUCUUUUUUUCCUUUCUUUCUUUUAUUCCUCUACAAGAACGUUUACUGUGUUUUCAAAUAAGCUUGAAACACUUCUUAAAGUUGAGCGGUACUUUUAAAGAUCUUUCUCAUUCGUAUCGAGGCU